ACAGUGGCUAUCAAGAAACGCUCCAGAGUUCCUGGGGUAACGAUCACUCAGUAUGUUGAGCAACUGCCUGCAGGAAAGUCGACACCUGACUUCAUCCGGAAGCCGAUGCCUACGACUGUUCAGGAGGGUAAAAAGGCGCUUUUAAAAGCUAUGGUUAGUGGAGAGCCGGCACCUACUGUCACCUGGGAGCGUAACAAGGGCCAAGUUAAUGACCCAGAAAAGUACAAGACCAGAUAUGAUGGAAGAACUCGAGAGCACAUUUUGGAGAUACCCAGUGUAAAACCCGACCAAGCUGACACAUACAAGUGCUUUGCCACCAAUGAGUAUGGAAAGGCUAUCGUCACUGCAACGCUCAAUGUUAUUGAAGUUGGCUUCAAGAAGAAAGGCCAGCCAGGAGAUGCACAAGGACCACACGAUUUCAGAGCAAUGCUUAAGAAAACUGUUGUUGUCACCAGAAAAAAACAACUGCCACCGAGGAAAGAUGGAGAAAUCGAUCCUAAGCUCUGGGAACUGCUCAUCAGCGCACCAAAGAAAGAUUAUGAAAGAAUCUGCUUUGAAUUCGGUAUAACUGACUUUCGCUGGAUGCUGAAGAGACUCAACCAGUUGAAGAAGGAAAGGGCAGAUGAGCAGGCAAAGGUUGUAGAGAAGGUGGACAAAGUGAAACAAAUAGAAGUGAAACCAGACGGGAGAGCUGAAUUUAGCCUUGACAUGACACUGUGCGACCCCAACAGUGCAAUUAACUUAUACAAGGAUGGGACAAUGGUGCCAUAUGGUGAUGAUGAAAAGUCAAAGCAUAGCCUUAAGAAAAAAGGGUCAUCAUAUAUUUUCAGCAUCAAAGACCCUCAGCCAGAAGACGCUGGAUUUUACCAGGUUGAUGUUGAAGAAGCAAAUGUUCUUUCAACCGAUUUUCAAGUCCCUGCUGUGGAGUUCAUUGCCAAGAUUAAGGAUGUGAAGGCCGUGGAAAGUGAUGACGCCGUCUUUCAGUGCGUCUUGUCAACACCCCUCAACAGCAUUACUUGGUCAAAACAGGACUCGUCACUUGAACAUGGGAACAAAUAUGAGAUCACUGUCUCAGAAGACAAACUUAUUCACACAUUAAGAGUUAAAGACUGUAAAAUGGAAGAUCAUGGAGCAUAUUAUGCCAUUGCUGGGAUAACCUCCAGCAGUGCCUCUCUCACAGUGGAAGAUGAUUUGACUAAACUAGCAUCGGAGCAGUGGGCCAAGCUACAAAAAGAGAAAGAAGACCUGGAGGCAGCCAGACGAGCACAGGCUGAAAAGGACGCUGCAGAUGCAGCAGCUAGAGCUGCACUGGGGGAUGGAGGAGAUGGUUCUGGUGACGGAACUGGUGUCGGGUCUGGUGAUGGGUCUGGUGACAGGUCUGGUGAAGGGUCUGGUGACGGGUUUGGUGACGGGUUUGGUGGCGGGUCAGGUGAUGGGUCUGGUGGCGGGUCAGGUGAUGGGUCUGGUGGCGGGUCAGGUGACGGGUCAGGUGACGGGUCUGGUGGAAAGACUGAUGGAGAAGAAGGUGAUGGAGACGGCAGGAAUAAGAACCUCUUGGGUGAUAGAGAUGAUGAAAAUAAUGACGGCGAUGCAGAUGCUAAGAAAAAGAAGCGAGUACGAACUGGUCCUUUGGUUCCUGACACUGUUAUAGAUCGAGGUGUUCAGUUUGUCAGUGGGCUGUCGGAUACUGAUGCUAAUGUUGGUGAACGGGCAGAGCUGUCUUGCAAACUAAGCAGUGACACCUCAGAGGGUCACUGGUAUAAAAACGGGAAGCUGCUAACCAAUGGGGAUGGGGUAACAAUUAUCAAAGACGGAGCCUGUCACAGGUUGAUAAUCGAUUGCUGUAAAGAAGAUGAUGCAGCUGUGUACCGCUUUGAAGCUGAAGGACGUAAAUCAGAGGCAACACUAAAUGUUCAAGACCCACCAACAAUUGACGGUGACGCUCUAGGAAAAUUCGCAAAGCCAGUCAUCAUAAAGGCAGGUGAAAAUGCCGAAUGGAAGCUGCCAUUCUCGGGUGGGGCCCCGAUGAAUAUAAAGUGGUACAAGGAUGACGACGAGCUCUUGCCUGGCCUCAAUGUGAAGAUUGACACAUCAGCUACUAAGAGCCAACUACGCCUCACUAAGUGCCAAAGGAAAGAUAGUGGAGAGGUCAAAAUCAAAAUCAAAAAUGAAUUUGGUACAACAGAGGCAAUUUCCAAACUGAUUGUACUGGACAAACCAACACCACCACAGGGACCUGUGGACAUUAUGGAAAGUGCUAUAACAUCUGUUGAGUUCAAAUGGAAACCACCAAAAGACGAUGGCGGUUGUCCAAUCACAAACUAUAUCAUAGAACGCCAACAAGUGGGGCGCAAUAAAUGGUCAGAUCUCAGUGAGAUCUCUGGCAGCAACCCAAGUUACAAAGAUUCAGAUGUGGACCCUGGAAGGAGGUACUGCUACCGGAUCAGAGCCAAGAACACAGAAGGCAUCAGUGACUACCUGCAGACAGAGGACAUACAAGCUGGUGUACUACGUUAUCCAGGACCCCCAGCAGCACCUAAAGUUGUCAGUGCCUUUAAAGACUGCAUCAAUCUGUCAUGGAGUCCUCCAUGUGACACUGGAGGAACCAAAAUACUCGGAUACAAUUUGGAAAAGAACAAGAAAGGCACCAAUUACUGGAGCCAUGUAAACCAAGGAGGGCCAAUUACAGAUACAAAAUACGCAGUGAAAGACGUCUUUGAAGGGGCAGCAUAUGAAUUCAGAGUGUCUGCUAUCAACCUGUCUGGUGCCGGAGACCCCAGUAUUCCAUGUGACACAGUAAUUGCAAGGGAUCCAAUGAAACCUCCAGGCAAAGUCACAGACCUGAAAUUAACAUCCUCCAACUACACCACAUUUUCACUGGCUUGGACUAAACCUAAAGAAGUGAAAGGGGUGGAGGAUGAGGCCCAAGGGUACUAUGUGGAGAUCAGACCAAUAGAAAGCCUUGAAUGGACCCGCUGUAAUGCCACCCCAAUUACUCUAACUUCCUACACUGUGCUUGGCUUGAGGGCAAUGGCCACAUACUGGGUGAGAGUAAUUGCCACCAAUUAUGGAGGUGAUGGAGAACCUCAAGGCUUUGACAAUUAUAUCAUUGCCAUGCCCCCUCCUGUGAAGCCAAAAUUCAAAGACCGCAACAUGAAGACCUUUGUGGUGGUGAGAUCUGGAAAUACAGUCCGUCUGCACAUCAACUUUGAGGCCUCCCCCCUGCCAGAUAUCUCUUGGUUAAAAGAUGGUAUUCCAGUGUCUAAACAUGUAACAAUUACCAACUCUGAUAAAGGCUCUCAACUGUUAAUCCCCACAUCUGAGCGCUCUGACACCGGCAUCUACACCAUUACCGUCAAGAACCUGGCCGGACAAGAGAGCUUCAAUGUUGAAUUCAGAGUUACAGAUGAUCCCAAGCCUCCAGGACCAGUGGAGCUGGACCAGAACAUCCAAGGAACAGUGACUCUGUCCUGGUCUCCAUCUCCAGAUGAGAAGAGGGAUGACAGGCUCCACUACAUGGUGUCCAAACGGGAUUCCUUCAAACGCACUUGGAGGACAGUGGCUGACAACCUCUUCAACAAUAAGUUCACAGUUGUCAACAUUUUGCCAGGACGGGAGUAUUACUUCAGGGUGUUCGCUAAAAAUGACAUAGGCCUUUCUCCACCGUCUCAGUCGCCCGUGUUUGGAACCGAAAAGGAAAAAGGAAAGUUCAAAGUGAAUGUGCCAGAGAGAAAACGUUUGGACUUCCAGUCACCUCCAUCGUUUAUCCUUCCCCUGAGGAGACGUACAGCUCCACAAGGUUAUGAGUGCCACAUGAGUUGCGCAGUGAAGGGUGAUCCAGCCCCUCGUGUGACGUGGUACUACAACAACAUCAGCCUGAACACAAACACCAACUACCACAUCACCAAUGUAUGUGGCGUCUGCUCCUUGCUCAUACUGAGGGUGGGAGCCAAAGACAACGGGGAAUACAAAGUCGUUAUUGAGAACAAACUGGGGACAGCCGAGUGCUCAAUGACACUGAAUGUCAAAGAGUGA